AUGCGCAAAUGGAUGCUGACAUGGAACCUUCAAAAUCUCUUCUCCGGACUGUACCUGCAUGCAAUCUUCCUGUUUGGCAGUGUGUGUGUGGUCUAUAGUGACUGCACUCCAGAGCAACUUGCCGCCAUCAUGAACUGCUCUAAACAUGAGCGCCAUACCAGGAACUACGACUACAUGGAGGGAGGAGAUGUGCGCAUCCGCCAGCUGUUCAGCCGCACCCAGUGGUUCCUAACAAUUGAUGACUUUGGCAACAUCAAUGGGACUCAAGAUGCCGCCAACUGCUACAGCAUCCUGGAGAUCAGGACAGUGUCUGAGGGGGGAAUACUGGCUAUCAAAGGCGUGAAGAGUCAGUAUUACAUCUCUAUGACCAAGGAUGGACAGCUGCAAGGCAAGAGGAUCUACAAUGAUAACUGCAACUUCAAGGAGGUUUUCCUAGAAAACUACUUCAAUGCUUACUCCUCUGCAAAGUGGACAAAAAAAGACAUGUUCAUAGCUCUGUCUCAGAAGGGAAGGCCGAUGCGGGGGAAGAAGACCAGGAGGGAGCAAAAAGCAGUUCACUUCAUCCCUAUGAAUUGCAGGGAGGCGGACAGGAGGGUGGACUGA